AUGCAUAGAAAUUUUAUUAAACAUCCUCCAUUAUAUAGAGUUUAUCAUCAUAAUCCUUAUAGUCUUGGUUCUGUAAAGACUUUAAGAGCAAUAGCCACUUUUGUCGGCGUUAUAGGCACAACUUAUUGGUAUGUGCAAAGAAAUAGCUUUGCGUUUACCGAUUCGGUGGAUAUGAUAAACUCGAAAUCUUUUACAACUGAACCUGAAAGUAAACUUCCUAUUCCGACGUACAUAUCUCUAUAUGAUGGAACAAAAGUGAAACUAAUAGGACUAGGUAUAAGAACUGUAUCAUUCUUGAAAAUAAAAGUUUAUGUUGUAGCAAUGUAUAUUGGUGAAAGUGAUAUAGAAAUCUUGAAAAAAUGGAAGGGUUAUGACAAAGCAAAGUUUUUAUCAUCAACUGAUGAAUCGGUUGCGUCAAAUUUAUUGGACCAACCUGUAGAUAUCGUUAUUCGCAUAGAACCUGUGCGAAAUACUAAUGGUCAACAUUUACGUGAUGGAUUCGUGCGUGCCCUCACGAACAGAAUGCAGAAUGGUUAUUUAAAUGAUGAUGAUGUUGAGGAUGUACUUGAAGCUCUAAAGGAGUUUAAAGCUCAAUUUCCUAAAUCAUUGGUUAAAAUUGGUACCGCAAUGAUCUUAACAAAACAAAAAGAUGCUUAUUGUGGUGUUAUUUUUUAA